AUGUGUCUUCAUUCGUUAGUGAUUCGUUUGAAGAGGUUUCUUAUUGUUAUAUUGUUUAAAUGUCAAGUCUCAGAUUUUCCUCAUGCUUCUGUUAAUGAUUUAAGAAACAUUAAUAUGGCUGUAUGCGUUUCUCUCAUCGGAAAAGAGAAUGCUCCAAAAUACAUUACUUGUUUAGAUUAUGAGAAGGAACUUGAUUUCCAUUAUAAAAUCCACACCUCUUUAGAUAUUAUAGAAGAGAAGUUAAAUAGUUCAGUGAAAACUGUGAAUGAUACCAGGGAACUUUAUUUGGGAUUACUCUAUGCAACAGAAGAACAUAAGAUAUUUGGAUAUGUCACUAAUACCAAAAUUAAGAUUGUAAUAAUUAUUGAUGCUAACCACAGCUCUUUGAGAGAUAAUGAAAUAAGAGCGAUGUUCAGAAACUUGCAUGCUGCAUAUGCAGAUGUGGUAUGUAAUCCAUUUUACAUUCCAGGAGAACCUAUUAACUCAAAGAAAUUCAAUAGUAUUGUUGAAGGUAUGAUGCUUUCUAAGAAAAUAUAAUUCCUUAGUCCUCUUUGUAUAUAUGUAAUAUACUAUUUAUACUCCAGAUUUUGUUUAUAUAUAUUUUAUUGUAUAAAUAUAUGCAUAUUUUUUGUUUAAUGUGUAGGGUUUUUCCCUAGCUGUUUAUCUAGUAUAUUAAAUUCAAUGAAAUAUUUCUUCUGGACAUUUUCAUUUAAAUGAAACUCAUUGUGCUAUAUUAUGUAGUUAUUUAGUGGAAUUGAGGUUUAAAGAAUUACUUAAGAAUUUUAAUGAAUUAGUAAUACUGAUAGUGUUGAAAUCUUUUAAGUAAAACCCUACUUUUGUUUAGGUUGGUAUGAAAAAUUAUUAAACAUAUGAUAUGUUGUUUCCCUGAUUUCUUGAACAUGAAUACAAUAUUUUGUUUAUAAGAGAAUGUUGUUAGAAAAUACUUGCCAUAUAUUUGAUAAUAAAAGGCGUAAUAUAAGUUCUAAAAACAU